AGCCUAAAUGCAUACAUAAAGGAGCUCAGCUGCUAUUUCAUUUGCAGAUAUCAAAACAUUAUGGCAGAAGAAGUGAAACUUUUCAGAACAUGGUCCAGUCCUUUUUCCCUGAGGAUUGUUUGGGCUCUCAAAAUCAAAGGCGUAGAGUAUGAAACCAUAUUUGAAGAUCUCUACGACAAGAGCCCUUCACUUCUCCAGUAUAAUCCUGCCCACAAAAAGAUUCCAAUUCUUGUACACAGUGGAAAACCGAUCGCUGAAUCGUAUGUCAUUCUUGAAUACAUUGAUGAGACAUGGAAGGAAACUCCCUUGUUGCCUGAAGACCCUUACGAGAGAGCCAUGGCCCGCUUCUGGGCCAAAUUUGGUGACGAUAAGGUUUUGACAUCAAUUGUUUGGGGUGUCUUCAUCAAGGAAGGGAAAGAACAGGAGGAAGCUAUGGUUGAAGCCAUGAAGAAUCUCUGGCUCUUGGAAGAAGAGCUGAGAGGAAAGAAGUUCUUUGGUGGAGAAAGAAUUGGGUUUCUUGAUCUUGCAUUGGGUUGGCUUGCUAACUUCAUCAGCAUAUUGGAAGAUGUAGCUGGCCUGAAAAUCGUGGAUGAGGACAAGUUUCCGUUGCUGUCGGCAUGGAUGAAAGACUUUGCGGAUUCUCCAAUAAUCAAAGACAACUGGCCACCUCGAGACAAGAUGAUUGCCAAGUUCCAGGCCCUUCGCGAUGAGAAACUUGCAGCAGCAGCAGCAGCAUCUAAAUGAACCAUCUCACAAUGCCUAUAACAAAGAUUUGGAGUCCAUGAAGUAGUAUGAAUAAGAAUCAAAAUGAUACAUGUCAUGAUUCACUGUGUGCGCGCUAUUUUAAUAUUUCCAAGUAUCAUAAAGAGAGGUCCCGAUUCUCUUCUUUCUUAAUGAAGAACCGUCAAGGGGUCAUCAUCUCAUCAUCAUAAAUAUUCUCAGCUCUUUUUAGCAUGCAACAAUAUGCUUCAAUGUUAUGUUGAAUAUGGGAUUAAUGAAA